AUGACGCAUCCUCGUCAACAUAUAAAAUCUAAAGAAUACAUCUACAAUUACGUAGACCGUGUCCGUUUCGCCGAGAGUUCAUUCCCCGACUACAAAUAUCCUUCGCGUGGUUCUGGUUGGCGUCACAACAAAUCCAUAUCUCAUCUUGAUUUAGCCACAAGCUGUCACAGUGCAGCUUCCGGUUUAAAUCAUUGGCCUUCCUCAGGAUCGCAUCAAUCGUCCAGACACCAGUUGCGUCAUUCACGAUCGUUGGACUAUAACCAUAUCGAUCGCUGCAAAGACGCUCUGGAUAUUGCCGAAUACUAUUGGCGUCUCGAUCACGAACCGGAAAUAUAUGACGAAGAGGAGGAAAUUGAGUUUGAACCGGAACAUAAGGGUUCACAGUUGAAAUACGUUAGUGAACAUCAUUAUCGAGACUUCAAGUGUGCUGAUGACAAUUAUCAUCACUCUGCGAAUAACAUCUAUCAAACGUCAACGCCACAACAGCAGCAGCAGCAGCAACAACAACAACAGCCGCCACCGCAAAAGUCGUCUAACAGCAGACAAUCUAAGGCUGUGGUAACCGCCAACAGUGGCGUCGCCCUGCAGGCUUUAGAAUUUGCCAGCGAUUCGUGCAGUUUGCGUCGUUCGCGCAGUUUGGCUGUGAUACGUGAGGAGACAUUUAGCGACCUGCAAAUUAGUUCUUCCAAUGGCAGUCGACGUUCACAAUUGAUACCGCGUGCUCGUCUUGUCAAUCGCGGCUAUUUUCGGGAACGUGAUAGAUUAAUUUAUAGCAACAAUAAACCACAACAACAGCAGCAGCAACAACAACAACAGCAUCAAGUGCAGCAACAAGCACAUCAUCAUCACCAUCACACGUCAAGAGAAAAGCUAACAAAUUGCAGUGGAGGUGGCAGCGUAAACGGCAGCAUUGCUGGCGGGGCUGUUAGUUCUGCUCCAUCCGUUGAUGUCGAUGCUGAGGAGCAAAGCAACGAAAGUGUAGCCGAGACUUGCGAAUCGCAUCAGCAACAAUUAAAGCAUUACAAUCAACAGCAGCAACAACAACAGAAAUCUCACUCGCACUAUCAUCAACAUUAUCACGAAACCGUCCAGCCACAACAGCAGCAACACGCCGUGAGUGCGGCAUCUGUGGCCAACGACUAUUACGAUCAUCUAAAACGUCUAGACAAAUUGGCGUUGGGGCUUGUGGCCGAACAAUUGCAUCCGUGGCACAACGACAAAAGCGAUUUAGAAAGUCUCAAUUCUGAUUAUUUCAAAAACUCACUGCAUCAAUCGCAUGAACUGAAACCGCAACAACAACACCACCACCAAUACGAAAUUGAGGCCUUGGAACAGGCCGUGAAUUUGUUGACUCAGGAUAAACCUAGAAUUUAUCAGUCGCGUCGUCAGAAACGUCAUAGUGUGGACAACGUUCACAAAUUGACUCAUUCUGCCGCAGCCAGUGGCGGCGAAUCCUGUCCCGAAAAUAGUCAAAGCAGUGUCUUCCCUGAAACCACAACCAGCAAUUCGGAUGAUCAAAGCGAUAGUGGCUCCUUGUCCGAGCAGGAAUACGAUAUAACGAAGAUAGAAGAGAUUUACCAGAAGACCCGCAUAGAGGGCGACGCAGACAGUUACGAAAUUAUCAGCUUAACGACUACGACCAGGACACGCUUCGAGUCAACAGGGGACGAGUGUGAAAACGAGGAUCACACCCAUCAUAGGCAUUUGGAUGAGUGCGACUAUACUCGGGAUCAACACGAAUAUAGCGAUCACAUUGAAGAAGGGGAGGAGGCAGAGGAUUCAAAUCAACAUACCACAACUGAUACGGAAGUUGAGGGUACUCUCAAGAGGUCCAGAGCUGUGAGUGAGAAUCUACAGAAAAUCAUAGCCUAUGAUUCCGUGUAUCUGUCAUCGGAGGAAAGUUCCGAUAGUACUCUAGUCGAUCCGGAUACUUCUCUGGAAGUGACUAGCCUACGUACCUGCAUAGACGAAGUUGAAACUGUUUUGCACAUCUCCAUUGAGGAUGCGGUCUAUGAGCCGAAGGCUAAACUGAAUAAACUCGACAUUGAAUUGGAGUGUGGCAACGAAGGUCCCAUUGGUUUUGUAGAGACUGUUAAUACAAAAAUCGAAAUAUUGGAACAGGACUCGUGUGAGGAAUUGGAACCUGAGGAGGUGACGCCUGUAUACACACAAAUACUAAAAGUCGAGCACACCCCCUCUGCGAUUAACCCAAAUACGGUAAUUACCACAGCUCCCGUGGGAGUAACCUCCAGUGCAGCUAGCAAACCAAAAAUUCUCUCCGUUGUAGAGAAACGGAAACUCAAGCGGUAUUCAGAUUCGGCAUAUUCCUCGAAUGUCAGCGAUUCGUCGGAACGUACCUAUGGCAGUUACCCGUCAAAUGAAUCGACAGCUUUUAGCCACCAUUUAAAGCGACAAGUGGCAGAACCUCUAUAUAUUCCGCUAAAAUCGAAUUUGGGGGAUAAUCAAUAUCACAGUUUGCCGGAUGUUAAUAUUGGACAGAUCUUAAGGGUAUCCGAAACUAUUGAUGCUCAAUUGAGAUCCUGUUAUAAUUUCGAUAAUUAUCGUUCACUGGAUAAUAGCGCGGUUUUAGAAAGUCACGUAAAUGAGUCGAGUAUUGCUGCAAGCAACGAUUUACUUACGAAAGAUGUUCGCUGUCUGAGUAGACGUCAGAAGCGUGAAGAUACUAUAACUACAGAAGAUAUUUAUGAUUCUAUAAAACGUUUUGGCAGAGCUCAUCAACGUUAUCGUCAAAAGGAAAGUCAACAGCAGCAACAAAAACAACAACAGCAGCAGCAACGACAAGAACACCAGCAAUCCAAAGAUAAUAUCAACACAACGAAUGGGGACAAUAUUGAAGUGGAGGAGAAGGAAGUGCAAAGUAAGGAUCUAAAACAAAAUUCUGGAAUUCAAAAAGGAAAAGCUGAAAUUAAAAUCCAAGAAGAUAAAAUCGAUACACCAGAUAAUUCGACACAAACCAAAAUUACAACAUAUCCAACAACAAAAAUUGAGGAAAACAACACUGAACCAACUUCCCUGGAAUGCCAUUUGGAAGCAAGUCAACCUACAACCCUUAACGACCCAUACGAUAGCUUCGAAAAACCCAAAGAAGCUCCACAAAUAACAAUUGAAAAUUUUAGUCAGCAAAUAGAGCGUAGAGCCAAAGAAAUACGUCAAAGCGGCAGACGUAAUAAACAACAGCAAAUUGAAUUUGCUAAUCGAGCUAAAUUUCGCUUAGAGAACACCUUAACGAGUUACAAAGAAAACGAGGAAACCGUCAACCGAGCGACAACACACCAAAGUAAAACAACAACACUUCCAUCAGCACCACCACCUCCGCCAGCUCCUCCAUUCCGCAUUGUUGUAACGGAUGCCCAUAACAAUAUUAUUGAGGAGGAUUCUAUAGAGAGUCGGGAAAACUAUACCAUUCUAAGAAACUCAAGCCCUGACCAGGAAAAUCCCAAACAAGUCCAAGAGCCCGACGAAGAAGAAAAGGAAAAUUUUAAUUCUGUUAAUGUGCGACGAACACGAAAAGAAGAAUCACAAAACGAUUUGCAAGUUAUUAAAUUGAACAAGGAACGAUCGAAUAGUCGGCAGAGCUCACUUCGUAGAGCUCCAUCUAAGCCCAAACGCCAACAGUACCCAACCCACGUAGCCCAUCUAAACGGCAACGAUACGAAAAAGUCACUGGUGUCGUCACCCAAAAGUAAGGAGCGACGUGUCCUAAGCAACCAAAUUUAUCGAGCACGUCCCGUUAAAGUGAUUACAACAACAGACUCCUUCCGACGCAGCAAAGUUAAACAGACAGCCAGCAAAAUGUCACGACCUCAGAUACUCCAAGUAAUCGAUAACAAGAGAAAAUCACACGACAAUGGGAACCCCACCACUGUCACCACCAACCACAACGAUGGCAAUCACGUGGAGGAGGAAUACCUCAAAAAGGUUGAUGCUGUACGUUGUUAUUGGUCUAAAUUGGUUAACGAGGAAGAACAACCAAAUCAUCAGGUGGAGAAAUUAGAACAGCAAUCGCCAAAAGACUCCGGUCACAGUGAGGAUGCCACAAAAGAAACAGCAAAACCCCAAAUUGUUUCUACGGAAAGGGAAAAAGAAAAUUGCCAAAUAAACAACAACGACACUAGUACGCCAGCAAUGCAACCUCCCGAGAAACGACAUUUCAUAUUGGGUGCACAAUCGACAACUAAUCCUUCGGUUACUCCAGUCAACGGCACAACAAAGCAGCAUACCAAUGCUGCUGGUCAAGACCACCCCGCCACCAAACAUAAUCCCGACGAUUACUGCAGUUUCAUGCCCAGCAUUGAAAUCGUCGAACUGGAUGGUGACAAAAAGGCGACCAUUGUCAGUGCGGUGCCAGCCAAUGCCACUGCAGAUGAUACACUAGACGCCACCGAACCACAGUUCGAUCAUAUCCGUUAUAAGGUCAUGAAGUCACAGCAGUUAUUACGCAGCAAUCUCUUGGCACGCAACACCAAGGAGGCACAAUUCGACGGCCUCAUUCAGUACUUGCAGGAAUACAGUUUCCAAGAGUUGUUAUCCAACAAUAAUGUAGUCAUUGUGGAGCCAGUAAGGACCAAAAUAGAAAGGCCAUUAGGCACCGCCUCAACCUCCUCUUCCUGCCUGGGAUUUGGUAAAAAUGCCAAAGACAAGCGGACAAAUGGCGAUGGUAAACAACAGCCAGAGGCUGGUUCAGCUGGCAUUGUUGGUGAGAUCGAUGAAAGCCGUUGUCGAAAGCAACGCACCAACAGCACUUCGAGCAGCACGGCGAGCACGGGUGGAGGUGGUGGCGGCGGCAUAAAACGACACUUUUUCUAUCAACCUGUGCGUGUAAAUCGUGAACUGUACGAGGAGGAAUUACCAAAUCCCGACACAGUGCGAAAUGUGCGUAAGUUUUUCGAGGAACACAUUUUGCCGACACCGGGUCAAGGUCUUCUGACGACAGCUGCAGUGGCAGUCUCAACGACUGCAACGGGUACGGCAACAAUUACAACAACUACGACAACAGCCACCCUGACAAAAACCACACACAAAAACAGCGGCAAUGGUAUUUCGGGCAAACAGGCGAGUCCGAAAUCUCGUCGGACUAGAAAAUAUCGUUACCUGACCAUUGAUACAUCAUAUGGUCAUGCGGCAGGUGGCAACACCACAGCUAAGCUACAACAACGUCGGCAACAGGAAGAAAAAAACAACAACAAUGCCCGACAAUCACGUAAAUGGGACACUGCAAGCCUGUCGAGUGGUGUUUCGAGUGGAGAUUUAUCAUCACCCUGCGAGUGUAACGAAACCACCGAUGCCAAAGCUGAUGACGGCAACACCAAUUCAUCAUCGAAUGAAAAAUUCGAAGGUGUCCAUGUGCAGGAUAUUGUGAAACAACAUAAUGGGGUAUCGGGUAAGAAGUCUCGUGUAUCGGCUACCGGCAUACCAGUGCGAUCGUCGAGUGUUCGUACCCGCAGUGCAAUUGCCGGUUCCGCGGCCUAUGCCAGUCUACACAAGAAAUCAAAUAAACAGAGCAUGUAUCGUAAUAUUUAUGAAUAUCAUGCAAUUCAUCGUCAACAGCAGCAUCCAGAUUCCGAUGAUCAGACGACAGCCUCGGCAGCUGAUGAGGGCAAUGAUGCGGACGAUGAUGAUGAUUUGUUUGGAGAUAUCGAUGAUGAUGGCAAUGAGCUGUGCGAUACCUAUUAUGUUAGUAAUGAUGUUUUGCGCAAAAUUCGUGAAUGUGGCUCCUCGGUUACUUAUUAUGGCGGACGGGUGGUACAGACCAAUUCAUAUUCUGCUCCACCAAAUGUUGGAAAAACUUUAGCCGAUUGUGGCAAACCAACAUCGACUAAUCCAAUUGUUCCCACAACAAAGCCGAAACACAAUCAAACAACAAUGUUAGCACAGACACAAACUAGGGCCAGAGUUCGUGAAAUUGAGACCUGUUCCAAUGCAGUUUGUCAAGCGUCUAAUGAAUGCUUAAGCAACAAUAGGAGCACAAACAACAACAACAACAAUGGCAAGAAUACUAAUAAUGGCUGCAGUAAUGGGAACAAUGGCAACAGCAACAAUAACAACAACAACAGUUUGCCACAACAAACCAAAAUCCACUUAACAAGGGACGAUAACCCACAAAACAAAGACUCGAAAUCCUCUCAGCUCCAGUCGCCACCAUCAAGCCACCGCCAAGGACAAGCGAACGACACAAUGGCCAGUGACAGUAGUGACAAUGCCAACCGCAAUAACUCUUAUGUUGAGGGCAGUGGCAUCAGUGGUGGUGGUGUAACUUUCAAACUUGUCAAAUCGAAUAGCUGUAGCAGUCGCUUGGAAUUAGCCGGCACGGAUGUCGAUAUCAUUGAGCAGGGCGAAGAGACGGAAGUUGUGCGGAAGAUGGUUCAUCAUUUUGAAGCCAGCACAAAGAGUAAGCCCACUACUGCCGCAACAGAUGUUCCAGUGACGAUAAACAAUCAGGCACCCCUCUGCCUAGAUGGUCCAAAGCUAGGGACGGAAUCUAAGCCAGUUACUGUGAAUAAUCACAUCAGUAUUGGCGUUGGUAUUUUAUCGCCUUCGACAAAUGAUGAGGCGUCAUGCGGCCAAGAAAACGGAAGCAAAGAAGACGAACCGAAAACCUAUCAAAGUGAGGCCAAGGAUAUUCAUUUGGACAAAAGUGCGCACACGGCUGUCGCUGGAAAUGCUGCCACCAAUGAAAUGGGUGGAACAUUGAAUGGCAAAGUGUGCCGCAAUAGAAAUGUGGAUUUAGCCUUUACAUUUGUCAAACAACAACAGCAGCAGCCGAACCAGCAAUCGGCAAAAUCUAUGGGGAUUAAAGAAAAUGAAAAUGGCAAGAAAAAUCACAAACAAACAAAUGGCGAUAAAACACACACUUCAACAAAUAUUUCACAAAAUUUGGCAAUUUCCCUUGAAUCGGCAAAGGGCAAAGAAGCUGGCCCAGUCAUGUCGAAAGCUAAGGAUUCGUGUAAAUGGCCCACAGGGAAUUUUAGAAGUGAUGUAGACAACAACAGCAACACCACAUAUGCUCCUCCCGAACAAAUUAUUGUACCCGUGGAAAUUCAUCGAGAAUCAAAUGAACAUUUUCCCCUAACGAAAAACUCCCCACACUCGCACAAAACUGCCGACACUGAACGCUCUUUCCUGCCGCUGAGUACCACUUCAAGUGUCACAUCCGUUAUUGACAAAUCCGUAGUUAAACAUUAUGUGGCCAAUGACCGUAGUAUCUAUGAGAAGCGGAAAUAUGAUGACAUCGAAUUUGAAGAGUUCGAAGUUUAUGAUCCAACCAAAGAUUUUGAAAAGCUCAUUCAAGAGGAGGAGGCCAAACGCCAGUGUGAAAACAACAGCAGCACCGCUGGCAACGUGGAAAGUCAACAAUCAUCCAACACCUCAUCAAUGCGAACGGCAAAAAGUCAACAGACAACAGUAAAUGGUUCAACGGAAACGGAAACCGAUUGCUACGAUAGCCUAGACGACAAGUUGUAAACG